AUGGUUGAUACAAGACGUACGAAGAGUAACGCCACCACAACGGGCCCAUCUCAUGGUUUCGUGGUGGAAACCUCAAUGCAACCGCAUGGAAUCGUGGUUGUCGACGCCUUGCAGCCGUCUUCUAGUGCUUUACAGCCGCCUUCAGCUGCUGGAAUUGCAGAGCAGCCGCCACAUGACCCUGGGACCUCCAUAGCCUUGCAGUCGCUAGCGCCGAUUACCGGAGCUGCUUUGCCUCGUUGUCCUGUCUUCGGAGCACAGCAGCAGCCACACCACUUAACUACCGGACUUGCUGCACAGCCCCACGGCUACUUUGACGUCGUCCCAGUCUUGGAGCAGAUCCAUUAUGUCCCUCCUCUGCGAUCACACUUGACAUAUGCACCUGUGUGCGCGUCUAAUGGAGCCCUACCCCACAUGCCGUUGGGCCCGAUGCACACCACUUUACUUGACCCGCGCAGUCAGGUGGACCUUAACUCACGGGUUGAUCAACUCACACAGAAGGUCGAUGAUCAAAACAACCUGAUUGGCCAGCGACUCAGGCAGACCAACUUGAAUCAUGGCUCCAACCUUGGACCCCGUGACGAGGAGAGGAGGGCACACAAGCAUGCUGACGAGCAGUUUGCUAGCGAGUAG